UGCCGCCUUUCCGUGGCGAGAGUGGCCCUUGGGCGCGCGAGCGUUUCCGGGGCAGCGUCGUCAUCGUCACGCUCAGGGUCAGCGUCGCGAUCACCGUCAUUAUGACAACGCUCCGCGCCUUCACCUGCGACGACCUCUUCCGAUUCAACAACAUCAAUCUGGACCCGCUGACGGAGACCUACGGGAUUCCCUUCUACUUGCAGUACCUCGCCCACUGGCCCGAGUAUUUCAUCGUCGCCGAGGCGCCCGGCGGGGAGCUGAUGGGUUACAUCAUGGGCAAAGCCGAAGGCUCUGUGGCCAGGGAAGAAUGGCACGGACACGUUACUGCUCUCUCUGUUGCACCAGAAUUUCGACGGCUGGGUUUGGCUGCUAAAUUGAUGGAGCUUCUGGAAGAAAUUUCAGAAAAAUAUGAGAAAAGCUCUUUCCAGAGAUACAGAGAAGAAAUCAGUUAUACCUCUGCCUCAUCCUGUAAGACCAGAAGACAUCGAAUAACUUUAAGCUGCAGUUCUCAUGCAAUGUACCAAGGGUCAGGUUCCAUCUCCUAUAACCCGCAACAACUUAUGCAUAAGAAGUUUUAUGCCAAAUGUUUUUCCCGUAAAAUACAUAAAAGCAACGUUGAGAAGCUGACUAACAUUGCUUCUAUUGGUAAUGCCUGUAUACUGCCACACUUACUCUAUUUUUCCUUUCACAUGUUGGAGAUUGGGAGACUAUUAAAAUGGAAUUACUUCCUGUAUGGUCUUUUCUGGGUUUUCUUGCUGCAGCUAAAAUUUAUUUCUCUUUUAGGAAGCAUCUCAUUGUAUAGUCUGUGAUUUAACAGUUCCCAUGCCAAGUUAAUUGUGGUGGAAGAAGGAAAAUGAAGCCAGGACAUUCAACUAGGAUGCCCCAAACCCCUGGCAAUCACAGGUUGCCAAAAAAAACCCACCCCGGGUUACAAAAAUACUGGAAACUCAGGUACAAAAAUACCAAAUCCCCAGCCUACAAAAAUACCAAAAACUCCCUGCAAAAAACUAGGUUCCAAAAUACAACCCUAGGUGUAUUUUUGUUCAAAACCCUAGUUUUGAGCCCUAGUUUGAAAAUAAUAGAAAAUCAAAUUUCAAAAUACUAAAGAAAACCUGGUUUCAAAAUCACAGAUUUAAAAUACCAGAAUUUUAACCUAACCCAAGUUCCAAAAUACAAAAGCAACCCAAUUUCACAAUACCAGAAUAGCAAGUUCAGAAAUAUCAAAGUAACACAGUUUCAAAACUAGAAUACCAAGUUCCAAAGCACCAAAAUAAUUCCAUUUCAAAAUACCAGAAUAUCAAUUUCCAAAAUAUCAAAAUUGUCUCAUUUCAAAAUAUCAAACUGCAAAAUACCAAUUUUUGGAUCUCUUAUGUGGUCAGGAUUCCCAAACCCAAAAAAUGCAAUAUUCUCAAAAUGGAAUCUGUGCUACCAAAAUGGAUAUCUUCUUGUCUGAAAAGCUUUCCUCUGGUCACCAUCAAUACAUGUAUUUAUUCUAAUUGCACAGCCAUAUGUAAUAAGAAUUUUACUUUGAAAGCAAACACUUGUAGUAGCUGUCUGCUUAGUUUGUGUCUGUGAGAGCUGGCAUUUGGGCCAGAGAACUGUGGUCAGGAUCAAAGGAUGGAGUGAAUGUUUUCCCUGCACAUGCACAGCAAAAGACUGCGCAGCAGGCAAAGGGAGCAUUUAUGUAUUUCACUGAAAUUCAGGGCACAGCACCAUGGGGGUGCUCAGGUUCAUCAGGAUUAGCCAUAAACAACAUAGCCAAACCCAUGACUCCUCAAGGAACUUGUCAAAUGCUUCGACAGAAACACAGGUUAGUAAUGAUUACGGAAGAAAAAUUACCCGUAAUCACUUACGAUCCAUGGAGAAUUUCCUCAGUAAUUACAAAGCUAGGACAUACGGAAUUUUGGAGGCAGAAUGCACAAUUUUGGCCACGGGCAUCAGGAUGAGAAGGCCAGUUCUUUUCCACGGAAAGGAAAGCCCAGCACCCUGGUGUUUCAGGGGCAGACAAGGGGCUGUGUAAGGAAGGGAAUGACAGCCGGGGCUUUUCUCCACCUCAGCCCCCCAACUCAGAGGUGCGGCAGCCCCAGGUGUGACCAGUGAGGAUGAGGAGGGAGCAGCUCUUGCCAGACGCUGCUUUCAGAGGGUUACACGGGCACACCUGCACAGGGAGCUGAGAGGGGGCAGCACAGGCAUCCCAAGAGUCCCUCCAGGAUCAGUGUUUACAGGAUCCAUCAUUUCCUGUCGAGAAGGGAAAAGGAAUCUUGCGAUUUCAAUGGGGACCAAGAGAGGAAUCUUUGGUGCAUGUCCCUGCCCUUGAUGGCCUGCCAUGCCUUUUGACAGCUUUGACUUAGGAAAAAUUUGUUUGUUUUUUUUUUAAAGUAUCUAUGCCAAGUCCCUCAUAUCUUCCCCUCCAGGUUUUGUCUUCCUCCUCGACUUUUUCUCCCGCUUUUGCAACAUCUGUGAGCUUAGUUUUGGCAUCUUUUGGUCCUUUGCAAUGCAGCUCAUUUUCUCACAGCCUACUUUUUUGGACUUUGUAAAAAUUUGGGUUUUUUUUUUUUUUUUUUUUUUUUUUUUUUAAGUAUCCAUGCCAUGUCCCUUAUAUCUAGCCCUCCAAGUUUUGUCUUCCUCCUUGACUUUUUCCCCUGCUUAUGCAACAUCUGUGAGCUUAGUUUUCACAUGUUUUGUUCCUUUGCAAUGCAGCUCAUUUUAUCACAGCCUAUUUUUGGAAGACACUAAAACUCCUCAUUUGCUGUUUUUUUUUAGGUUUUUUUCAAUUGCAUUUCAUUUGGUCCUGUCUCCUUUCUAGAGUGUUUGUAAGCCUUUCUUUUUGGGUUCGCAAGAUUCUUUUUCCCUUCCUAAAAGGAAAUUUCAGGCAGAGCUGAAGAACUGAUUGUAGCCGAAAAUAACCGAGUUUAUUGAAGAGCCGAGUGUAGCUGAAAACUGCCGAGGUUACACCAAGAGCCGAUGAUAGCCGACUGUAUCCGACAUUGGCCGUGUUUAGACAAAGAACCCAAUAUGACCGUGUUGAGCCAAACCGUACCGAUUUCAGCCGAAGAGCCGAAAAAGCCGAAUGUAGAUGAAAAGCCAAAAUGAAAGGAGUUUAUACUAAGAGCCGAACCAAGCCGAAUUCAGCCGAGUUUAAUUAAACAGAAGCAAACGACGCCGCCGUACUCUUCCUGCAGCACGCUGGGGCAGACGACAUGGGGCUCUGUACAAAGAAAGUAUAAAUUAUAAACUAUAUGUAAGAAGGAAUAAAAGCUUUAUGUCACGUGCCGGAGUAGAAAAUUUCAAGCUCCCAGGGAAUAAAUAGUUUACUUUCAA